AUGGUUACGCCCGUCACUUGCUGUGGCAAGAGCAGCCAAGGCUGCGUCUGCGCCUCCCAUGCCAAAUGCUCCUGUGGCCAGAAAUCUGCGCUUCACUGCACUUGCGACAAGGCAUCAACUGAAAACACUGUCGCUGGCCCCCGAUGCUCAUGCCGUGCUCGCGCUGCUGGAAGCUGCACUUGCGAGAGAGCAAAUAUUGAGAACGCUACCUUGAGCGGUGAUACAUGCUCCUGUGGUGCCCGACCUGCUGCUUCAUGCACCUGCGAGAAGGCUACUGAUGGUGGCCUCCUACCAACGGAGACCGACUUCACUAACGCCUAG